GACGGAACGGAAGCUGUUGAAUCGCGUCAGUAACAGUUGAGCGUUACUUCCUAUCGUGUCUUGACGCCGAGAGAAGGCCAUGGCUCGUGGGCAGCAGAAGAUCCAGUCCCAGCAGAAGAAUGCAAAAAAGGCAGCUGAGAAAAAGAAAGCUCAAGGAGCGGAUCAGAAGACUGCAGCCAAAGCAGCACUGGUCCACACAUGUCCUGUGUGCAGGACACAGAUGCCAGACCCCAAGACAUUUAAACAGCAUUUUGAAAGUAAACACCCAAAGUCCCCCAUGCCUGCUGAGCUGGCAGAUGUUCAAGCCUAAAGGAUAGAAUAAACCAACAUGGACCUAACGCAGGGACUCUGGAGAAAGAAAUGUUAUUCGACUCAGCCGACUGAUGUAUUUCACAAACAUGGACCAUUUGGAUGCCAUGACAAAGGAGAUCUUGGGGUGAACUCGAGCACACCAGCACACUUUUUCUUUUUUGUUGAUAUUUUUAUAUGUGCAUAUAGCUUCCAUCUUUCCAAGUGUGCUGUGAAUUGACAGUCCCAUUGCCAUGUGCUGUAUCUCGCCAUAUUUAUUCACCACUUUUCCAAUACCCUGUGGCGCUUCAUCCCUGUAAAGUAAGAUUAUAUUUUAAAAUAAUAUUAGGUGCUGCAAUCCAUAAAAAUGUACGUGCCCUGAUCUUUUAACUGUGAACCAAAAUGGAGUGGUGCACCACUGUGUAUUACGAAUAUGCAUUGACUAGGAUUAGGAUUGAGAUGCAUUGAUUGACAUGCUUAAAAUGAUCACAAAUGCAAAAAUUUGCACCUGUUCCUUCUAGCAUUCAGAAUAAUGAGUCGGGACCCACAAAUAUGCUUUUGUUACUUUGUUUUCUAACGUUUUCAAUAAAUGUAUAUGCAUAUA